CAGGCUUGGGGCACAGCUGAUGGCACCGGGGGGGGGCACAGCUCUGCUUGUGUCAGCAAGGACCAGGGCAAGGAUCCAUGCCCCUGUGCUUGGCACUGGUGAAGCCACAUCUCAAAUCCUGGGUUCAGCUUUAGGCCUCUUGCUCCAAGGAGGACAUUGAGGUGUUGGAGCAGGUCCAGAGAAAGGCAGCAAAGCUCAGGAAGGGUCUGGAGAACAGGGCUGGGGAGGAGCAGCUGAGGGAGCUGGGGGCUUGCAGCCUGGAGAAGAGGAUGCUGAGGGCAGAGCUCAUUGCUCUCUGCAGCUCCCUGAGAGGAGGCUGGAGUGAGGUGGGGUUUGGGCUCUGCUCCCAAGGAACAUGUAAUAGGAGAAGAGGAAAUGGCUUCAAGUUGUGCCAGGACAGUUGUAGGUUGGAUCUGAGGAACAGUUUCUUCCCCAGAAGGGUUGUCCAGCCCUGGCCCAGGCUGCCCAGAGCAGUGGUGAAGUCCUCAUCCAUGCAGAGGUUUUGAAGCCAUGGAGAAGAUGUGCUGAGGGCAUGGCUUGGUGGUGCCCUGGCAGGGAUGGGUGAAGAGCUGGGGUGGGUGACCUGCAGGGUCUCUGCAGAGCACAGUGCUUGUCUGCAUGUCUGUCCUCGAGGUCCUUGCAGGCUGGUGGUGUCUGGUGUGGUACAGAGGUGACCCAGAUCACUCAGGGUGUCCAGACUGUGUCAAAGGGGACCUCUUGGAGAGCUCUGGGGAGGGACAGGCACUGUCAGAGGGGUGCUGGGAGAGGAGCUGCCCUGUGCAGUAGCAUUCAGUUCUUCUGCCAGCAGCUGAGUCGUGGAGAGCAACGUGAGAGGAAGAGAGGGAUGAAGUCAUAGCUAGUGGAGAUGCAAGCAGCACGGCCCGUGGGGGCAGUGAGGAAGCUUCGAGUGCUGAGGAGUUGCUAACUGAGUUGGUAUCUGGCUCGCCCUGCGCUGCUGGGACCAUGCCUGCAGCUGCCAGCUGGACCCGACACAAUCAGCCUUUAAUGCAGUGUGGACCUUACGAGGUGUGGCUGUCGGGCAGGGCCUGACGCUUCGCUCCCCCUCCCACGUGGCUCUUUGUUCCUUACCCUUUCCUCACCUCCAGCUGCAAUUCCUCCCCUCCAAGUGGGAUUUUAGCUCGGGAAAAGACACUAACCAACCCCUGUCCCUGCAGCAGCUUCAGCUGCACUUGGGUGCUCUGCACCCCUGUGUGCAGAGGGAUUUGGCACGGCCAGGGUUGGUGUUGAACGGUGUGCAGGAUGAGUUUGCUCUGGUUGGUUCCCUGCCUGCCAUGCCCUCAUGCUGGGGAGAAGAGGAGCACUGCUCCAGCUCUGGAGCCCUCGGCACAGGAAGGACAUGGGCCUGGAGGAGGCCAUGAAGAUGUUCAGAGAGCUGGAGAGCCUCUGCUGCAGGCUGAGAGAGCUGGGGUGGUUCUGCCUGGAGAAGGGAAGCCUCCAGGGAGACCUUACAGCAGCCUCCCAGUGCCUGAUGGGGCUGAAAGAAGGCUGCAGAGGGACUGUUCCAAGGCCUGCAGUGACUGGGUGAGGGCAGUGGUUUGAAAUGAGAGCAGAGCAGGUUUGGAUUGGUUGUGAGGAACAAGUUCUGCACCAGGAGGGUGCUGGAGCACCACAACAGCUUGCUCAGGGAGGGAGUUGAGGCUUCAGGUCAGGCUUGAGAAGGCUGUGAGCAACCUGAUCUAGUGGAGGAUGUCCCUGCUGCCUGCAGGGGCUGGGGGACCUUUGGAGGCCCCUUCCAACCCAUCCCAUCCUAUCCCACGGUUCUGUGAGUGUCUGUCCACGGAGCACCUGGAGCAGAGCUGUGUCUGGCCUGGUUCCACGCCAGGAGGCCACGGGGCUGCCAGCGUGCCCUGUGCUGCUGCCCUGGAGAGGACCUCCUGCCCCCGGCAGCCCUGCGUGCGCCGCACCUCCUCGCUCGACACCAUCGUGGGCUCCUACCUGCUGGGACAGUGGCCAAAGGAUGCUGAAGGAGCUUCCACCUCAUGCAUGAAUGACAAAGCCACCCAGACUCCGGUGUCCUGGCGGCAGGCGGACGUGGGGCGAGCCAGCGGCAGCGCUCACAAACGCUCUGCCUCCUGGGGUAGCACAGACCACCGCAGAGAGAUUGCCAAACUGAAGCAGCAGCUGCAGAGGACGAAGCUGAGUGGCAGAGCCCAGAGGAGCUGCCCGCUGCAGGGCGACCACGCUGUGCUGGCACCGCUCAGGGACUGUCCUUCAGGCUUCCUUUCUCCUUCUCCCAUCUGGAGGCUCAGUCCCUGCUUGCACAGGAGCCUGGAGGGGCUCAACCAGGAGCUGGAGGAAGCGUUUGUGAAGGGGCAGGGAGAUGAAGAGCUGCUGCGGAUCUUGGAUGUCCCAGAUGGCCACAGGGCUCCAGCACCUGCCCAGAGAGGCUCUGCAGAUGUGUCCCUGAGCCUGGAGCCCAGCAGUGGCAGCUGCAGCAGCCUCUCUCUCUCUCCUUCCCCUUCUGUGCCUCUCCAGCUCUCCCCACACACCCCGGGGAGGCUGGCAGCAGAAGAAGCCUCCUCUGUGGUGGACGAGGUGCAGCCAGAGUCAAAGGAGAAAGCAGAUGAGGGCAGCCCUUCUCCAGUCCUGGCCUUUGCCUCCUCUCCCCGGCCCAACCACAGCUACGUGUUCAAGAGGGAGCCCCCUGAGGGCUGUGAGCGGGUCCUGGCCUUCGAGGAAGCUCACUCGCCCAGCCCUGAGCAGCCUUUCCAGCCCUCCUGCCCUGAUAAGAACAAAGUGCACUUCAACCCCACCGGCUCUGCCUUCUGCCCUGUCAGCCUGGUCAAGCCUCUCUUCCCGAACGUGGGCUUCCUCUUCAGGGGCUUCCCAGCUUCUGGCAGCCCUGGCACGGGCACUUUUCCCUCCUGCCAGCCCCCUGCCCCCAGCCCGUUCCUGGGGGCGCGGAAGGAGGCUGUGGUGGACAGCUUGGGCGAGGGCCCCAAGCCUCCUUCACUGGGCUACGAGCCCUGGACGCGAGGCCAGCCUGAGGACAGUGUCGUCUUCCACAGCUCUCUGGUGGUCUGAAGCCUUGGGCGAAGCUCAGCCAGCAGCUCUGGCUCCUCAGGGCACCUCUGCCAGCCCGGGGAGAGCAGAGCUUUGGAGCUGUGGGACCCGAGAGCCAGGAGGCAGCACUGGGACUGAACCGCAGGAGGCUGCUUCUGAGGAUGAGACACUGCGAAGCACAGAGUGCUGUGGGACAGUUCCUGCCCCGGGGGCCCUGCCCUGCUCCAGCACAUCCAUGUCAAGUUGGCUGUCUCCUGUGUGGCUGUUUGGCUGAAGGGGAGCAAACUCCUGCUCCCUGGCUCUGGGAGCUGCUUGAACGGGGAGGAUUCAGGUGCAGCUUCCUCAGCACCCUUGAGCACUGUGGCUGAUGGGGAUGGUGGAGCUCUGGGGAGUGGGAAGAGGGGAGAAGGGGCCUGUGGGAGAGCUGCUCCUGGGGUGCUGGGGCAGAUGUUGUGUGUCUGCACUACUUGGACAACUCAUCUCCCUCAGAGCAGAGCAGGGUGGUGGGUCCCUGACCAAGCCUGCCCUGGGCACCUUCACCCCUCAGUCAAGGAAUCCGUGACCUGGGCAGUGCAGGUGCCUAAAGGUAGGAGCUCACAGAGCAGCUCUGAUGGGCUUGAGGGUGAAGGCAGCAUCUGAGCCAGGAGCUGCCUGCCAGGCCUCCCGGAGGGCUUUCUGGGUGCCUCGUCCUUGCUGCAGGGAGAGGAUGGAAGCAAGGAGUGGCAGAGCACAAGAGUCUGUUCCAGGGGGGGGUUGCUGCUGCUGCUGGAGGGAAACUCUGCAGCUUCCAGCCACAAACCUGGGGCUGUGCUCCGUGGCUGUGCACCAGGGCUGGGGGGUGGCUGGAGAAGGUGUGGGCAGGAGGGGGGCAAGACUGGAGUCUGCUCAUGGAGCUGUGGCUGGGCAGGGCUGUGAGGUGCUGUGGCAUCCACCAGUGCUGCCUCUGCACUGUGCCUUGGGGAAGCAAGCACCUGGGACCAGCGACCCAAGCAGGGCUCUGGUGCUGUGCUGUGGGGCAGAGGCUCUGCUCCCGAGGGCUAUUUCUUGUACCUGAUGCUGAAUCUAUUUUCUUCCAAAGACACUAUUUUUGCA